GUGGCGGCGGGGCCGGGCCCGGCCCAGGAAAUGACGGCGCCGCCUCCCCCCCCCUUGGCCGCACCUGACUCACCUGGGCCGGCGCUGGGAGGGCGGCGGUGCCGAGCCGAGCCGUGCCGAGCCGGGCAGGGCAGGGUCGGUCUCAGCCAUGUCGCGGGACAGCGGCUCCCCCUGGGCCGUGGGGCUGCUGAGAGCCUUCGAGGAGAGCGAGUUCGGCAGCUGGGAGAAGAUCGGCUCGGGGGGCUUCGGGCAGGUGUACAAGGUGCGCCACCUCCACUGGAAGACCUGGCUCGCCAUCAAGUGCUCGCCCAGCCUCCAUGUGGACGAGAAGGAGCGCAUGGAGUUACUGGAAGAGGCCAGGAAGAUGGAAAUGGCCAAGUUUCGCUACAUCCUUCCUGUUUAUGGCAUCUGUAAAGAGCCAGUUGGCUUGGUCAUGGAAUACAUGGAAACAGGGUCUCUGGAAAAGCUCCUGGCUUCCGAGCCUCUGCCGUGGGAGCUGCGCUUCCGAAUCAUCCACGAGACGGCCGUGGGCAUGAACUUCCUGCACUGCAUGUCCCCUCCGCUGCUCCACCUGGACCUCAAGCCUGCCAACAUCCUGCUUGAUGCCCACUACCACGUCAAGAUUUCUGACUUUGGACUCGCAAAGUGCAAUGGCUUGUCCCAUUCCCAUGACCUCAGCAUGGACGGCUUGUGUGGCACAAUUGCAUACCUUCCUCCCGAGCGCAUCAAAGAGAAAAACAGGUGUUUUGACACCAAACAUGACGUGUACAGCUUUUCCAUUGUGAUUUGGGGAGUUCUUACACAGAAGAAGCCUUUUGCAGAGGAAAACAACAUUUUACAUAUUAUGGUAAAAGUAGUUAAAGGCCACCGCCCAGAGCUACCUGCUGUUUCCAAAUCCAGACCUCAUUCAUGUAAUAACUUGAUCAAACUGAUGCAAAAAUGUUGGCAAGAUGAUCCUGGUGAACGGCCAACAUUUCAAGAAAUCACUUCAGAAACAGAGGCCCUCUGUGAGAAACCAGAAGAUGAAACAAAAGAAAUGAUAGCUGAGGACCUGGACACCAAGAGCUCCCCGAAGCAACGGUCUGAGGGGAUGUCUGCGUUAUCCCAGCCGAAACAGGAGCCUGUUCUAGCAUCAGUUAAGGAUUACAGUCUCUCAGAGUUGUUGUCCCAGCUGGAUUCAGGGAUUUCACAGACUAUGGAAGGACCUGAAGAUCUCAGCCGCAGCUCUUCUGAAUCCAAACUUGCUGCCAGCGACAAGCGGCUUUCAGGAGUUUCGUCCGUAGAUUCCGCUUUUUCAUCCAGAGGCUCCCUUUCCCUUUCCUUUGAAAGAGAGAGUUCAGAUAUUGGUACUACAGACAUACAGAAAAGGAAGCUAACGGAGGCCAUUUUAGCUGGAGACACCAGCAAGCUGAUGAAGAUCCUCCAGCCUCAAGACGUUGAUAUUGUUUUAGAUGGGAACUACAGUCUUUUGCACUUAGCUGUUGAAGCUGGUCAAGAAGAAUGUGUCAAAUGGCUCCUCCUCUACAAUGCUAACCCUAACCUCACCAACAAGAAAGGUUCCACUCCUCUUCACAUAGCCAUUGAGAAGAAAGUUAAAAGCAUUGUGGAGCUGAUUAUGGCAAGGAAAAUCAAUGUUAAUGCCAAAGAUGAGGAUCAGUGGACUGCUCUUCACUUUGCUGCCCAAAAUGGGGAUGAUUUCAGCACCAAAAUGCUGCUUGAUAAGAAUGCAUCCUUGAACGAGGUAGAUUUUGAAGGCAGAGCCCCCAUCCACAUAGCCUGUCAGUAUGGCCAAGAGAAUAUUGUGCGGAUCCUGCUGAGAAGAGGCGUUAAUGUGAACAUCAGAGGAAAGGAUGACUGGGUGCCCCUGCACUACGCUGCCUGGCAGGGUCACCUCCCCAUCGUAAAACUCCUGGCCAAGCAGCCAGGUGCAAACGUAAACGUGCAGACCGUGGAUGGAAGGACCUCGCUUCACUUGGCUGCUCAGCGAGGACACUACCGCGUCGCUCGCCUUCUCAUAGACCUGGAGUCAGAUGUCAACAUACCGAAUGCGCUCUCGCAGACUGCUCUCCACAUAGCUGCUGAAACGGGCCACACAAGCACGUCGAGGCUGCUCCUUAAACACGGUGCAGACAUCGAGGCGGCAACAGCGGAAGGAUGUACAGCUCUGCACUUGGCCUCCCGCAGUGGCCAUUUAGCAACGACGAAGUUGCUGAUAGAUGAAGGGGCCAGUGUUCUGGCCAGAGGCCCUUUAAAUAGGACAGCGUUACAUCUUGCUGCGGAAAAUGGGCACUCUGAAGUAGUAGAAGAACUCGUCAGUUCAGGAAAUAUCAACGUUUCUGAUGAUGAGGGGUUGACAGCUCUUCAUCUGGCUGCACGAGGAGGGCACACAAAAACAGUCGAGGCUCUUCUGAAGCACGGGGCAUUCACUGACCUGCAAAGACCCACAUUUCAGACCCUUCUACGGCUUGCUCAGCAAAGCAGUAAUAGCUCAGUUACUGUGUUGUUAAGUGAGACUUAAUCGAAAGGUACGGGACUUGCUACUUUUCUACCUGGUGCGAGAAGGUUGCUGGAGCUUGACUCAUGAGGGCCUUCUCCAGCUGUGCAGUGACCUGCUGCUCAUCAGCAGUGUCAGCAGAUGGACUGAGGGGCAGCCAGCAAGAAGCUACUCAUGCUUGAGUGUGUGAGUGAGGGUGCACAUGGACUAAGGCCAAAUAGAAGGUUAAGAGCUGGAGUGCAUCACACUGUGGUCUGGAUCAUCCAUUGUGAGUGUGCCUGCCCCACCUGUAUAGUAAUACUCCCCUCCAAAGGAUGUUGUGAGAGUCAGAAGCAACUUGUGGGUUCCCCCCUGCUUUUUUUUUUUUUUUUUUUUUUUUUGACACGCUGAACUAAUUUAAGAACUAACAUUCUACUUUCUGAUUUUCCUCAGAAAAAGGAUGGGGUAGAUUUCUGGCUUAUUGCAGUGAUCUAUAUUUUGGGCUUAAAGCCUUUUAUGAUAAAAUAAACCCAACACAAAUCUGCUUGAAAUGAAUGCAAGAGAAAAGGAAAAGGGUGUUUAAGGUAUAGUUAAUCAUGGACCCUGGCUAAGUUUCAUUGUCAGAAGGUACUCUGUUUAAUGGAGACACAUUGUUUACAGAUUUCCAUGUAAUCGAAACGGUUGAGGCAGACUAUCAUUAACAAGGAAGGAUCCCAACGACACAUAAGCAGAAGGAAAAGCUUAACACAAAUAUCUUCAUAUACAGUGUCACCUUGUAUGUGUUCUAAGAUCACUAAACUGAACUAGGUGCUUGGUAGUUUGUCUCAAAAAUUCAGAAGUUAAAGAUUUCAUACCGGACUGCAACUGGAUGGUAUAUUCUAACACCAUUAUAUCUGUUUGCAAAACAAUGUUUGGAGAAAAAAAUGUUAGAGCACUAUACCAGCCAUGCCACAGUACAUGUCCUAGGAGAAUGAACUGUGUGUUGACUACACUGAUAUACUGUGUAUAUAGUAUUUCUACCUGUUGUAUGCUUUUUUUCUACUGAAGAAAAUAGAUUGCUUAGAGUGGGUAUGUUUUAAUACACCUUUUAAUUUCACUCUUUUCAAAGUUCAAAUGUGAUACAUUAUUAAUAAAAGAUUGUGUUCCAUA